AUGGCUGAGGUGAUUUGCGCUGUUUGCUUGGAAGAGAUCCUGCCGUCGGAGCGGCGCUCACAAGCAGCUCCAGACACUGGCUGCAUCCACACAUUCCACUGGGAAUGCAUCCGGACAUGGUUCCGAGUGAAAGCUGCAUGCCCUAUUUGCAAUACAUCUCUCCUGGAAGACGGGAUCUUCGAAGUUGACCCCGAGACCGGCGAGCAGACCUACCAUCGCAUCCGGCCAGAAGGUGUGCGAGGCUCCCUCCAUGCAGUGGCCGCAGCCGGCAACGCUGCCGACGUGCAACGCCUCAUUGCCAGUGGGGCGAAUGUAAACCGGACCACCCUUGGUGGAGUGGCGCCCUUACACAUGGCUGCACAUAAUGGGCAUGCGGAGGUGAUCGCGAGGCUCCUGGCAAGUGCUGCGGAAGUGAACCAGCUGGCACCAGGUGGCACGACAGCUUUGUACAUAGCAGCUCAGGGUCAGCAUGCGGACGCCGUCGCGCGGCUUCUUGCGGGCGGGGCCUCUGUGAACUUGCCAGUCGACGGAGGCGGCACAGCUUUGCAUGUUGCGUCUCAGAAUGGGCAUACGGAGGCUGUGGCCUGGCUGUUGGCAGGGAGUGCUGAAGUGGAUGCGGCUAUGGAAGGUGGCAUUACGCCCUUGUUCAUGGCCGCACAGAGCGGCCACAUUGAGGUGAUCGUCCGUUUGCUGGCGCAGGGGGCCUCCGUCAACGUAACAGCUGAAAAUGGCGCCACGGCGCUGCACUAUGCAUCCCUCCAUGGGCACGCUGAGUCUGUGGCGCGGUUGCUGGUUGCGCGCUCUGACGUCAAUGAAACCACACGCAGUGGCGGCACAGCUCUCCACGUUGCGGCACAGAGCGGACACACAGAAGUGGUGGCCUGGUUGCUGGCCGGCCGAGCAGACGUGCACAAGGAGAUGGUGGGUGGGUCGACAGCUCUCUACCUCGCCUCCCUCGGCGGUCAUUCCGAGGUCAUCGCUUGGCUCCUCGCGAAGCAGGCCCAGGCAGACGUGCCUCCAGCAUCUGCAUCUCCCCUGUACGCAGCCGUGCGCAGUGGCCACGAAGAAGCUGUAAGCAGACUACUUUCAGGCAACGCGGAUCCCAACCGCCCAUCAUCAGUCCGGGGCCCCUCGCCGAUGCGAGCGGCUGUGCUGAACGGCCACACGGAGGUCAUCGGGAGACUGGUCACUGGCGGCGCAGUUGUCAACCCAGAUGAUGUCUGGGCUGCGCUGCUGCUGGGCAAUUUGCGAGGCGCCAGGCGGCUGGCAAAGGCUACAGGUUAUUCCUGGGCCUUGCUGCGGCGCGGCUGCUGGCUUCUGGCAGGCCUGGUGGGCACCUGCGCCGCGACCUACGCCUUGUCGGGUGCACUCCUUCAGCGAGCCGUGGCGGAGCUGCUGCUGCUGGAGGGCCUCCCGCAGCCCAUAGCCGAGUAG